UAUAUAUUGAUUACGAAAAAGUUUAUCAAUUUAUUAAAUUUUCCAAUAGAUGUAUUAAGAAAUGUAUUAAGAAAGAUGAAUUAAGAAAUUAUUCGUAAAGGAGGAUGCGAUCGAAUGAUGACGAGCAACGAUUAUAGUAUAAGUAAAAAAAAAAAGAUUUAUUUGAAAUAAUUCUUUUUUUUUUUUUGCAGAAGAGUGAUUUCGAUGAAAAAUUUCUUCGAUGGGGAAAUUUAAAAUAUGCAGAACUGUCUACUCGAAUGCACGAUGAUUCUAAAAACGGGAGGAAUGUAUUCAGAUAUAUGUGAAAUAUGUGUGACGUAAAACGAACAUAUCGUUUGCCAAAUUGAAACGAAUAAAUUUUCUCCCCCGAUAACAUAAAUACGCGAACAACAUUUUCAAAACAAAUAUAUAUUCUAUGAUAAUGAAUCUUUCUAAUUGUCACGGUUCUGUUUCAGAGAGACGUCAAACUGUUCCCCAUCAUUAUCAUCCAUCAUCGAUCCGUCUGCAGAGAGGCAAACUCAAAUUUUAAAACUUUCUACACAAUCUUCGAAAACUUCCUUUCGAGAAACUGGCAGCAACAAGUUAUUGUUUUUAGGACGUGACUCGUGGGGGACAUCGAUUCUUUCAAAGAGAUGUCCAAGCUGCUUCUCGCGACGCUGCUCCAUCUAACCAUCCUCUUUCGCGUCGCCUGCAAAUUAUCCGAAUCUGACGAAUCAACGGACAGCUAUUCCAACCUGUACCCUUUCCUGGAAAAAUGGGCGAGGACCAGCCACACGAAGACGCUGACCGUGGUGUUCGACGAUUACGACUUGGAACGUCACCCGUUCGACCCCAUCCCAGCUGGGAUGCUGAUCGAUCUGAACGUGUCCACCAAACUGGUUACCUUGAAGCAUAUAAUAUCUCUCAAACACAAGGACAGAAGGCGUGAUUAUCGAACGAUAGAAGCUGAAAACUGCGUGUUGCUCCUGUUCUCGGACGUGGACCAUCUGAAAGAUAUCCUCAGCUCUCCCCACUUGAUCUCGUUCUGGCAUCCGGAGAAUUUCUACAUACUUCGUGAACAAGGUGGAUCAUCGGUCAGCUUGUUCGAGCGGGAACGAUUCUGCCAGUGGGCGUUCGAGAGGCUUUGGAGGGUGAGGAGGGUGUACAAGCUGCUUCUGUUCACCGGCGAUAAAGUGAUCCGAUACGAUCCUUUCGAUUACAACAGGCUUCGCGCCAGGUAUCGCGUUGGUGGCCGAGAUUGCGACUGGUAUUGCGAUAAAUCGAGCGAGGAGGCUGGUUUCCUGUUGAUCAACAGGCCGAAUAUAACCGACGUUUCCGAUUUUUUCGAGGAGGAGAUGAUCGACUUCAAGCGAUACCCGUUGAAAAUAUCCAUCUUCGAGACGAGCACGAUCUCCGUUAAGGACGGGCGUUAUUUCGGUCUGGAUUUCAAGUAUCUCGACGAGGUUUGCAAAAUGAUGAACGUGACCCGUUCCCUGAUCAAGUCGAAGGAUAGAUUCGGUUGGGAGGAGAACGGCACGUUCUUCGGUACAAUUGGACACUUGGUGUAUGGUUUCGCGGACGUUUCCUUCAAUCAAUUCUUCGUCAAGGAUUACCUGACCAGACAGGUUGAGUUCACCGUGUCAAUUACCAGUGACAAAUUGUGCGUUCUUGUACCGAAAGCCGCGCCCCUGCCCGAUUAUCUCGUGAUAGUGAAGAUCUUCACGGGGAGGGCGUGGUUGCUCGUGUUCGCCGCCCAUUUCGUGAUCGCCAUGAUUUACACGGUGUUGAAGAUCGAGAAGUAUCGAAAUAUGCUGGAGGCUGUGAGGAAAAGCGGGCAGGCGUUUUUCUGCUGCGAAUAUAUUCCCGACUCGUAUUUUCUCGAGGAUCGGAACGGUGUCGUGUUCAACGUUGUUCGGGAAGAAACGGGCGAGGAAGACGACGAGCGAGCGAGCUAUGAUGGAAAUACCAGAUCAGAAAACGUCCGAUCUACGGCAUCCAAAACGGAGAGAAACGACUCGAAACGAUUCUAUCGAGCCUAUUUGUCCCUUCUCAUAACGCUGGCGCGGUAUUUAAUGAAGGUGAUAUUUCAGCUUAUGCAACCCUUUAAAUUGGGCCAACCAUGGUUCCCGGAGAGAUUGUUGCUGAUAUGCAGUCUACUUCUCAGUUUGAUCCUCAAUGGAAUAAUCACAUCUCAACUCGCAUCCAGUUUCAGCAAACGAAUGUACUACGAAGACAUUAACACGUUGGAACAGUUGGAGAAAAGCGGGAUAACGAUUUUAACCGACGCCAAAGAUAUCAUAAGCGACGCUUUCACCGAUGUAUCAUCGCCGUUGAUCAAACGGCUUCACGAGAGAUUGGAAUACGCGAACAGAUCUGAAGUUCACAGAAGAUUAUUCGAGGUAAAGGAUGCUGGCUACCUUCACCGGAUCGCAACACUUCCGUUGAAAUACGACGAAUAUCAGAGGAAUUCGUUGCACAUCGUCAAAGAGUGUCCAAAGGAUUACAUCAUAGCCAAUGUGAUGAAGAAAGGAUCACCAUUCGGAAGACGUAUAAACACCAUCCUUCUCAGGUUGAACAAUGGUGGUUUCUAUAAGAUUUGGUACCAAGCCAUGUACCAAUCGUUAAAACGGAAGGAGAUGAUGACGCUCGAUGAUUCGUCGAUACAUCGAAAGAUCACGAUACGACAUUUGUUUAUCCCUUUCGGGAUAUUGUACCUUGGACUGGCCACCAGCGUAAUCGUAUUCAUCUACGAAUAUCGGCAAAACAACGUCUGACGUUGGUUAAGCUCGAAGGGUUUACGUUACGUUCGAAACGAAUGUAAAAAGCGAUAACUGAAGUGGAAAUCGUUGUAUCUCCAACGUGUCAUUCCUUUGCCCUUUUCGCAAACAAAGGGUGAAGUAAAUGGAACGUGAAAAUUUGAAAAAAAAAAAAACGCGUCAUAUUUUCUU